AUGUGUGGUCCAAGGGGUGAGUUGACAGCAAGGCCCAGCCCUGUGCCUACCCUCUCGUACGAGAAUCUCAGGGCACAGUAUACCAUCCUGAGGACGAUAGGCCAGGGCAGCUGUGCCCAGGUGAAGCUGGCGCACCAUCGCCUCACAGGCGCGGCGGUGGCGAUAAAAGUCCUGCUGAAGGAGAAGCAGCGGAGCGUCCUAAUUAGGUCCGAAGUGGGGAUAAUGAAGAGGAUGAACCAUCCCAACAUCAUCUCCCUGCUCCAGAUUAUUGAAACAGAACAGAACAUCUUUCUGAUCCUGGAACUGGCUGAUGGAUGCGAGCUCUGGGACUGGAUUCAACAAGCUGGCUACCUGCAGGAGGGCAUAGCCCGAAAGAUCUUCAGACAAAUUGUACAUGCUAUGUGCUACUGCCAUGACCAAGGCAUAGUACACAGGGACCUCAAACCAGACAACAUCAUGGUGGAUGCUACGGGCAGAGUGAAAAUUAUAGAUUUUGGCCUGGGCGCCUUUGUCACACCCGGGAGGAAGCUUCACAAGUUCUGCGGUGCCUUACAAUUCAGUGCCCCGGAAUUCUUCCUGCGCCAGCCCUAUGACGGCACCAAAGUGGAUACAUGGAACUUGGGUGUUCUCCUAUAUUAUAUGGUGACCGGAACUCUGCCGUUUGAAGGUAUCAGCUUUGAAGAGCUUCGGGGCAAGGUUUUGCUAGGACACUAUGAUGUUCCCUCCCACCUCUCACAAGAGCUGAGAGAUAUUAUCCGCUGCUUAUUAACAGUGAACCCUACAGAGAGACCAAACCUGAAGGGUAUUGUGAAGCAUCCGUGGCUCAGGAAAGGGGACGAGAGUUCAUCGAGGCAUUGUGAUAAGAUGAGCCCUAGAUGCCUGGACCCUGCGAUCAUGGCAGCCAUGGCAGAUAUGGGGUUCAACCCACAUGACAUCCGGAAAUCCUUACUCAAUAGGUUGUUUGAUGAGCCCAUGGCAACCUAUGGCCUACUGCAAUGCCAGGCACGCCAGCAGGGUGACUUCGCGAGACAAACCAAGGCAGUGCAACCAGGAAUAACACCUUUCCCCACUCCCACAGACACCACCACCUUCCCUCGGUGUCAAAAGAGGACAACUGAUGUGCCAACCCUUCGAGUCUUUAUCUCAUCCCCUACAACUGACUCUGCAGAGGAUAGCCAGCAGGUAGGGAGGGGGCUGAGAAGAAGUGUCACCCUGCCUAUCAUUGCCCCCCACUGCCUACAGAAGGGGAAACCUACUCACGGUGUCUGGGACCCCAUAUGGACACAGCACAGUGGGACUGCAGGCACAGUUCGAGGUGCAUGCGGGGGCUGGAAGAGGUGGGCAAGGAGGAUUGGGACUGGUCUCGUAAGGGCCUUCUGCUGCCUGCCAAGCAAGGAGAAAAGAGUGGUCUGCCCCAAAAGGAGUUACAGCAGGAAAAAAACAUGA